CAAAAUACUCCAAAGAAAUUUACUAAUUCCUUUCCCAAUGUUAAAAUUGAUGCUAAACGUACAUCAAAUACACAGCCAGUUUGUUAUUCUUGUGGUUUGGAAGGCCACAAAAGCAAUACUUGUCCUAAUAAAUCUAAUGGCAAAUUCUGUUAUGGCUGGCAAAAUUAUGGUCACGUUCAUUCCAAUUGUCCCAAACGUUCUGGUAGUUCUACCGCGGAAUCUGCUCCUAAUUGUUCUACAUCUGAUAGUACUGUAAAUGCCCUUUCUGCUCAAAAUUUUUCUAAAAAUCCUAUGCAUGUUGAUAUUCAACUUAAAGGAACUCAGUUAACUGCUCUCUAUGACACUGUAUCACAAGCAACACUUAUUACGGAGAAAACAUACCGUAAAAUUGGUUCUCCACCAUUACAUCCUUCCAGAAUUACAUUCUCGGGACUUGGCCGAGACACGGUUCAAAGUAUUGGAUUCUUUCAAGACUACAUUCAAAUUGAAAACACUAUUUUACCUGCAAAAAUCCAUGUAGUAAAAAACUAUAUGAUUCCUCUUGAUGCGAUUAUUGGAAUAGACUUUUUGCAACAAACUCGAUUUACAUUUGAUAAAGAUGGUAUUCAUUUAUGCAGUAACAAUAAUGAUCAAAUUUUUGUUAAUGUUGCUAAUUUGAAGAAAACAAGUAAGGAAAAUGAUGAUGCUGCACAUGACGAUUUAGAAUUGGAUUUAGAUGAUGACAAUUUGGAUUUGGUUGAUCACGAUGACAAAGAUGAUGCUGAUACCAAUCAUGGAGCUCAUGACGAUGAUGUUGAUGAAGAUGGUGAUGACGCAGACAACGACAUGGAUCAAGAUCAUGAUAUUGAUGAUGACGAAAAUCAUAACGCUAAUGGUGCUGAUGAUGAUGAUGAUGACGUUGCUGUUGAUGAAGAUCAUGUCAAUGAAGAUGAUGUUGAUGACAACGAAGAUGAUGAUGAUGACAGUCAUGAAGCUAAUUGUAAUGAUGAUGUCGAUAAUGAUCCAAACGUGCAGAAUAAUGAAGAAAUUGUGAAAAAUAAACUGAAUCAAUUUCAACAAGCAUGUGCUAAUCAAGCAAACGAGAAAAAUUACUGUUUCAUACACUUUAUCUGCUUCACGUCCCAAAGAAACGGAAGAAGAAAGCCUGGAAGUAUAAACGAAGAAAAUUUAAACGAACUUCAAAGACAAUGA